AUGGCAUUUUUUAUUCAUAAUUUACUACAACCAUCCGAAGUUACCGAGCAUUCAUCAUCAGUCAGAGAUACCCUGAAUGAAGCAGGAUUUUGUGACAAGACACUUGUAUCGUGCAAAAGCGUGCACGUUGCAGCAUGUCCAAAUAAUUUUGUGGGCUCCUUCAGUUCUCCGGAAUGGUACCAAGCAGUUAACUAUGUCAGUAUGGCUACUCAACAUAUUGGACAUCAAAUUAGCCGCACGAACAGCGGACACUAUCCAGUUAUCAUCGGAUGGGAUCCACGAUUGCCGUGGUUGCAGCCUUACAUGCCAAAAUCACAACACAAGCGGAAAGGUGGUCAAAUUCGAUUUACAAAUGAACAAACAGAUGCACUUGAGCAAAAAUUUGAUAAUUAUAAGUAUUUGUCAUCACAAGAACGAAAGAAAUUAGCAAGAAGUUUGCAGCUUUCUGAAAGACAGGUUAAGACGUGGUUUCAAAAUCGGCGGGCUAAAUGGCGUAGAAUCCGUAAGGAUGAAGAGGAAGAUGAAAUUCAUCUUGAUGCCAUCAUUCAUCCAAUACCACAACUUGUCCGUUAUGGUCAUCAACAGUAUCACUCAUCCUUUAAAACUCACAUGUGA